GCGUUGAAUGCAUAACUUGAAGUAGUCCAUCCAAAUAAAAUAUUUAUAUGUCUCGGGAGCAGUAAACAGAUCUUCAAGAGAAGCCAAGAUUUCACGCUAAAACGCAAACAUUUUAGGUAGGGCGCGCGGCGUGUCAUUUCAAGCGCUUUAAAUAAUGAAUAAUGAAGUUUUCGUAGUAAACCGAGUGACUUCCACCGCAUAGAAAUAUAUUCACACAAAGGCCUCGAAGGGAAGACAGUAGGGUUUAUUUGCACUACUUAGUGCGCUCCUGAAGAAUCACGAGAGCCCCAGUUUUCACAGACUAUAGUAUACAAACAUGGAUGACCAGCAGAAGUGAAUACACUGUGGCGUGUAAGCCUCCUUGAUUACACUAAUUAAGUUCUGUCUAAUUAAAUUACCGUCACGUGUUAACCAAUAGCAAAAGUUGAUUCAUUAACCAUGCAGAACGAGGACUGAAAAGCAAAGCCUUCCCUGAUUGCAGGCUAGUGUCAAUUGGCUAAUUUGCCGUCUUGCACAAAGUAGCUGGAACCGCAGGAAGGCGUUAGUUUUCUCUCGCGCUCGCGUUAAUUGCUAUUUGUCAUCGAGCGAUGCAGCUCGAGCGUUGCAUCUCGCCAGCUCUCGCGCGCUCCAAGAAAUGUAUGAUUGUGGGCAGUGGCUACCCAAACGCACAAGCAUCUGAGCUCGCCUUGCAGGACUACCCUAUUAUAUCUAUCGGCGACAACCUGGAGAGAAGUUCACCUCUGAAAAAAAACUCCGCUGGGAUGACGAAUCAGUCAGAGGCAGACAAUUUCGCCGACUCGAAGGACUCGUCAGGGGACGUCCAGCGAGGCAAACUCUCUCCUGAUCUUGACGGAGUCGGCGACAGUCGUCACACUUUCGAUGGAUCUGCAGGAGAAAGGUAUCUCCUGUCUCAGUCCAGUCAAGUGCAGCCGAGUCCCACCACCAUGUUUCCCUACCCGGGUCAGCAUGGACCGACGCACCCAGCUUUCUCCAUCGGCAGCCCGAGCCGGUACAUGGCUCACCACCCGGUCAUCACGAACGGAGCCUACAACACUCUGCUGAGCAACUCUUCUCCGCAGGGCUACCCGACGGCGGGCUACCCGUACGCGCAGCAGUACGGACACGCGUACCAAGGCACGGCUUUCUACCAGUUUUCCUCCGCUCAGGCUGGGCUCGUGCCCGGUAAAGCGCAGGUUUACCUCUGCAACAGGGCCCUGUGGCUUAAAUUUCACAGACAUCAAACGGAGAUGAUUAUUACCAAGCAAGGACGGCGAAUGUUCCCGUUUUUGAGUUUCAAUAUAUCUGGUCUUGACCCAACGGCGCAUUACAAUAUAUUUGUGGACGUGAUUCUUGCGGAUCCGAACCAUUGGCGCUUUCAAGGAGGAAAAUGGGUCCCGUGCGGCAAAGCGGACACCAAUGUGACAGGAAACAGAGUAUACAUGCACCCGGAUUCGCCAAACACUGGUGCGCACUGGAUGCGUCAAGAGAUAUCAUUUGGAAAACUUAAACUAACCAACAAUAAAGGAGCAACGAACAACACAGGACAGAUGGUCGUCCUGCAGUCGCUGCAUAAAUACCAGCCUCGACUGCAUGUGGUGCAGGUGAACGAGGACGGAACCGAGGACACGAGCCAAGCCGGGCGCGUGCAGACGUUCACUUUCCCGGAGACGCAGUUUAUUGCGGUCACCGCAUAUCAAAAUACUGAUAUCACGCAGCUAAAAAUCGACCACAAUCCAUUUGCAAAGGGAUUCCGUGACAAUUAUGACACUGUCUACACAGGGUGCGACAUCGAUCGGUUGACGCCGUCCCCGGGUGACUCUCCGCGCUCUCAGAUCAUGCCUAGCGCAAGAUAUGCCAUGACUGGUUCUUUCCUGCAGGACCAAUUUGUCAGCUCGUAUGCCAAGUCCCGCUUUCACCCUGGCGUCGGAGGCGCUCCUGGCACGGACCGCAGCGUCCCACUUAGUAACAGCUUGCUCUCCCCGCAACAAACCGAGGAGACCACGGUGGCCUCCCCGCAGCGAUGGUUUGUCACCCCUGCCAACAACCGACUGGACUUUGCAGCCUCGGCAUACGAUGCUGCGGCGGCUGCUGAUUUCGCCGGUAACGCGGCCACCCUUCUGUCGUACGCAGCUGCCGGUGUUAAAGCGCUGCCCCUGCCCGGCGCGGGAUGCUCUAACAGACCCCUGGGGUAUUACGGCGAGCCGCCGGGGUGGGGCACCCGCACGCCGCCGCAAUAUUGCAGCAAGUCCAGCUCCGUCCUGUCAUGCUGGCCGUCCAACUCCGUAGGGAGCCGAACGACCUCCUCCAGUUACCUGCUCCCUGGCCUCGAGGACGGAGACGCCAUCGCGCCCGAGAGGUCACCGCUAGGCGGGGCGGAUGAGUCCAAACCUAAAGACCUGUCUGAAUCCAGCUGGAUAGAAACCCCGUCCUCAAUUAAGUCGAUCGAUUCGAGCGAUUCUGGGAUUUUUGAGCAAGCCAAGCGGAGGAGGAUUUCGCCAUCUGCCACGCCGGUUUCCGAGACAUCGUCUCCAUUAAAAUCUGAAAUGUUGACGCCGAGGGAAUGCGAGAAAAACUGCUCCAAGGACAUCGGCUACUACAGCUUUUACCCCCACAGUUAGAAAAACUCGUGCAUGGCUCAUGUGUUCAAGGAUUCACGAGUGACUUAUAAUCUAUUUAUUCCUAUUUAUGUGCUUAUUUGUUUGUUUAUUUAUUCAUACGUCUUGGUCGCGUCGUUCGAAGGACGUGACGUUAAAAACUUUGACAUGCACGAAAACUUGAGCAAGCGGUUUUCGUUCCCAAAUGACAUUUUAAGGUUCUAACUGUUAAACCUAUUGUAAGUAUGGAAGAACUGUACAUAUUUGUAUUUAUCUAUCUAUCCAUUUUUGUGAUUCUUCUCGUUGAAUGUUGAUGUACAAUAUAGAGAACCAGAUCAGGUUUGUUCAAUGUACUUAGACGUCUGUUCGUUCGAAUAGCUACAUAUAUUAAAUAUUUUGAUGUUUGAAAAAAUAAGGAUACAGCUCGUAUAGGUUGCCGGUUCCAGCUGUUAUGAAAAACAAUGGUCUGCCUGAAUUGGAAGUAGCUGCUUACCUGUUGAAGAGGCCCCCAAAAAGAGUUCCUCUGGCGCAUGUCUGUCGGAGGUCGGAUUUUAUGUAGCAUAAGCUUAUAUUAUUGAUGUUGCUUUUAGAGUCGCGUCGUCUGUUCGUAAAUCUCAUAGUCCGUAGGUUCAUUUUGUGAACGUAUGUUUUAAAUAACACCAGCGUAACUUUAUUUCUUUUUUGUAGAGAUAAAACAUAGACUAUGAUUUAACCUAUUGCCAACCCAGACGUUUUCAUUUGUAUUUCAUGGGCUGUUAUCUCAUGAGAAAAACGCGAGUUAGGCCUGCUAAUGUGUAAAGGUAAUGUAACUGUGGUGUGCUUAAUUGCAAUAAAUAUGACAGAAUGUGAAACCCUGGGCGAAGUACACAAGAAUCAAACUAAGCUGAUUUCAAAACCAAAUAUUUCUGUUUCGUUUUUCUCUACCUGCUUUAGAGAGGUAGGCCUUUAUCUUUAACGCCAGUCACAAUUAUCUUGCCUGUACGAUGCAUUUUCAGAAUAAAAUGUAGUCAGGCAAUGCAACAAAUAAGAAAAUCGCCCAGAACAACCUUUUUAGUAGUUUUAUAUAGGCUACUUGUGUAGCCCUUGUGUUUUUUUUUUUUUUUUAAUGGGGAAAAAUGCCUUUGGCUACUUAAUUUUACAGUAGCUCUUAAAGUUAAACAGAGAAGGCACUAAAUGUAUCAGUGUCACUGCAUUAAAUAAAAUGUCAAACCAGGUGCCAUGCAUGAAAUGUAGCACAAAAUUGUUUCAGAUUAUAAAAUAAGAGGUUCAAAGUUAAAUUUCUGAUUGCUAAAUAUAAGUGCAUAGUCAUUUACUUGAAUGGUCAAGACCAGAAAUGAACCACUUAAGGACAAAAAUUCCCUGGAUUCUUUGAAAAAUAUAUGGACUUGUCUAAGUGAGCUGGAUACUGUAGUGACCUUUUCAGUUAACUGAUUUAUUUGAAGCAUUUA